UUUUCAAAACUGCGGGUGUUUUGACGGUUGUAAUUUCGGCAACAUUUCGAUGUUACAAGGAUAACAUAGACUUGUUGAUUCUUUUUAGAGUUAAUCUUAUGUCGGACUGGUUGAAACUAUUUUCAGAGACAAAACGUGCCUUUAACAAGGCUGUCUGCAUAUAAAGUCCAAGAAAGACCCCUUAAAAAGAAAAAAAAGGGAAGAGAGAGAGACUUAAUCUUAAAUAUUUUCCAAACACAUUCUUUAAGAGGAAAAACCUCUGUUUUAUUGUCCUAAAGGAAAACCUUAAAAGCCAUUCUUCAUGGCCAACAACACAACAACUUCAUAUGUUCAAGAAGAUCUGCAGGCAGACGAAUGCCGUGAAAAUAUCCCGCCUGAUGUUUCCGAUGAAACUGGCACUUCAAAACUCAAAGUCGUAACGCAGAAUGAAACCUUGCAUUCCUCUGUGCAGCUAUAUGAAGAAAACAAACCUGUUUGUGACCCCUGUGCUUUCACAACUCAAGCUCCAACAAGUGGCAAUAGUGAAGUCGAGGCAAAGCCAGGCUGCCAGUCUGCUCUAACACCCAUUUUAAAAAGCCUAAAUAUUGACAAUGCACACUCAUCUUCACAGCUUUUAAAAUGUUCAAACAGUCCGCAGUUGUCCUUUUGUUUUUCCUCGAUGAAUUUUUCUCAAGUAAACUGUCACAAUUCAACAAGUCAGUUUGGGAGACUAUACUGUGACUUGGAAGCUCCUCUGUGCCUGAUUGAAGAUGAAUGCCUGCCAGAAGUAAGCAAUCUUGAUUUCACUUACUUGCAUUUGACAACAAAUGAUUCAGUUCUUCCUGAAAAUGAACCUUCGUCGUCUAAGCUCGACAAUGAUAUGAGACAAGUUCGAACAAAUGCUGCACAAGAAAAGGAUGACCCUGUUGAGGUAUCACACCUGGAUGGGAAGAUGGCUAUCUGCUCCAAGAACAAGAAUGCUCCUUCAGCCACAGGAAUAAUUGAAACAGAACUGACUCUUCUUGAUGCUACAAACAACUCCGAGUUCUCACCAGUUGGGCAGAUAAACUUCAUGGACAUCACUCAGCAUUUUUCACCAGCUGAUCAUUUGAAGGAUAGGAUAACUGUGUCAGAACCUGGCAGUUCAGUCGCAGUUCCAAAUGAGGAUCUAUCAAACGCAAGUGUGCACUCUGUCAAGUGUGUAACAAAAAAAACAAUCAGAACCUCCUUGGAUGCUACAAUGGUUAGUGUUUUGGAAAAAAGUGAUUCUUUGUCAGAGACAAGUGAACAAAAGAAGGGGAAACCUGAAACCCCAGAUAAAGCUGAAGUUGGUGCCCAGCCUGCUAAUAUUACUCAAAACAUAAGCUCCUCUAAUGACAUGUCUGCGCAGGGUGCCCACCUUUCUUCUCCUGGUGUCAAGUGUAACACCAGUUCAGCUAGAGUCCCAUCUGAGGUGCAUUCUGAUCCUGCAGAGGACCCAAAUCUAGUGAAAACUGAGUGUGAAGAGGUGCAGACCAGCUGUGACAUCAAGUCAUCCAGUGUGGUGUCGCAGCAAAGCCACACAUUGACUGCAUCCAAGAACGGAACAUUUCCACUUCUCCGGUCUUCUAAUACGAGCGCUACCUUUGACUGUACGUCGACCACUUCAGUUAGUCCCGACAAUAAGACUUUUGAUCUUUCAGGGAACUCUUCGAAGGCAGAAAGUGAGGCCAGAGAUCAGGCAAAGUCCCCCACCACGAAAACAUCUAAAAAGGAAAGCAGCCAAGGUAACGUGCAGAAUGCCACGUUUGAUAGAAAUUCUCUACAAAAGACCUGUGACACCUCAGCCUUAGGGGAAGCUGUUGCUGAUGGCUGCAGCCUGCAGAACACACUUGAUUGUAAAUCCCCCUCUCAAAAAAAUUGCACCGUUACUUUAUCAGAGAUCAGCUCAGUCAACAUUGCCUGCUACACUUUAGAAAAGCCCUUCUCUCCUAAAGUCUCUAAUUUAGCCACUCGCCCUGAAGAUGAGCACUCUUCUGAUCUGCCAGAGACAGCAGCUGCUGCUGCACAGUCAAAUGACAAGAAGGCUGAAAAACAUGAUGACCCAUCUGUGGCAAAUUCUUCUUUAGAUUCAGCUCCUGGAGUUAGGGGAUGUGAAUUCAAGGAUUUCCAACAGUCGGGACUGCCUGUGUCAGAGAGUCCUUUCAACGUGUUAUACAAUCAGAGYGUGGUAAACAAAGAAAGCACGUUUGAUUUAGAUGAGACCUUAGAUUUAGAGACAAAGUUCUUGAUUACAUCAACUCCGAUGAUUAGCGAUAAAACGUCCAACUCUGGCAGCGCGCAAACAGCGAGCACAAACCAGGCUGUACCGAAAAAACUAUAUCAGGAUAAUCCCAACAAGCCUGCUGACAAAGCGAAAUCAAAUAUCCCUUCAAACAUCAUCUGUGAUCGUAAAACAUUCUUGGCACAGCCUGUUCCUAGAGCUCUUCGCCCGCCUUCAAAAGUUACGUCCCACUUGUUGAAGAACAAACCAGGAUCAACCGUUCCAGAGCGCCUUGAAAGGGUGAUGACCGGCCUACCUGUAAAAAGGCUGAAAACUCAAGCUGGUGUAAAACUUGCUGCUGCUGAGGAACAACAGAGGACCUCUGGAAUAUCAAGCUCAUGCAACUCGCGGUCUUUAGUAGCAGUUUCCAAGCUGCCCACUUCUGGCUUGCAGAGACCCCAACCGAGCGGCGUUCCAUCGGGCAUUUCGAAAGCUGCACCAGGUCUCAGGCCACCGUCUGCAAGAUCCACUUGUUUUGCAUCUUCAAGUACCAACAAACCCACUGAAUCCACAGCAGCCAACCCUGUGAUGAAGUACUCACAAGGAAAGAAGCACCCUCUACCCAAAGGAGAUGCUUUGCCAGUGUCAAAGAGGAAGAAAACAGAUACUAUUUUGCCAUCCAGUAAUACUGAAGCCACAUCAUCAUCAUCUGAUACGACAAGCAGGUUAAAAACUCUGAAACAGCCUACAGCCAGUCUGAAAUGUGCCCCUGCUCAAACUCAUAGCAGCAGUGCUGCAGGGCUAGCAGCUAGUGCUGAAACCUCAACAUCGUGUGACGUAUCAAGCAGACCCAAAACUUUGAGACCAUCUGGAGCCAGCCUGAGAGCUCCUCUAGCUAAACCCCAAGGACAUGGCUGUGCGAGAUGUGUUGUUCUUCAGGAGGAGCUUAAACAAAAGUCAGAUGAAAUCCAGAGGCUGAAACAAGAACUUCAAAAAUACAAAAAACAAGAGGACAGCUCAAUCUCCCAGUCAUGAAAAAUACAUUGCUCAACCAUAUGUGCGUUCUUUUUAAAUCUAUUUUAACACUAAAAAUCUUGAAUAAAGUUUAUUUGAAUUUUGAAAAUGUA